UACUGGCAGUAGAGUUAGAACUUCGUGCUGCUAGUGUUUAUGGCAAUAACCAUGUUGUCAUUUGAUGAACUUCUGACAAGUCUACAAAACUGUAUCAUAUCCGAGGAACACAUCCAUAAAAAUGGCAGCAAAACAUUGGAGCUGUUUUUGGAAAAGCUUUCGGAGUCCGCCAGGAGCAGCGUGAAAAGGAGCAAGGAGCGAAGAUUGGAGGAGGCUGCUCAGAUCCUGAAGAAAGUGAAGCUCGAUGUCUUGGAACGAGAUCAUCUCCAUCUUCUUGUUAGACUCCUUAUCUCAUUGCAGCUGCAGAUGGUCCACAUCUCCACAGCUUGCAGAAAAGUCGACCAGAUGUUGCAACACCUGGCAAAGGUGGACCGCCAGCUGGUGUUUCAAGAGACACAAGAACAAUUGACUACCAUAGUCCUCUCUGAGCAGAUAUUCACACUUGAUGACCUUCAGCAAGCUUGUAUGUUUCUGGAGGACAGUGUUGUAGGCCGAGAUGUGUGGCAUAAGUUCUGCCCUUCUUUUCUGAACAAACUAUCCAAGUUAUUCCCUUACGUGCUGACACAAGAGUGCCUUCGAGAUGGGCCAAUGUGUUACCUUGCUGUGAAGGUUUGCCUCCAGAUAUUUCAGUUACUGUCCAGAGAGGUGGCUCCAGUUGUAUGGGACAAGGAGAAGAGGAGCUUAGUAGUGCAGAAUAUCUUGCAGGCUCUCACAGAUAUAAUCUUCGGACAGAGCAGCAACAGGGACACUCGUCUUUUGGCGGGGACCGCUGUGGCUAUGCUCAUCAACACGGCGUCAGACAGCAGCUGUGGUGGAGCUGCUGCCUGGAGUGUUUUGCAGAGCUGUCACAAAGAGCCAUGGCUGAUCACGGUGGGUGCCCUUCAGAUGCAGUGCCGUCCCACAGGUGGGGACGGAGUGGGCCUGCUGGUGUUGAGCAGGGGCCUUCUGACCUGCUGUCAAUCUCAUAUGUUAUUGAGUUCACGUGGGGAUAGCACAGAGGGCUGUCUACUAUUUGAUGCGUUGUUUCCUCUGCUUUAUGCUCUGUGUGAGGAAAAGCUGGACUGUCACCACCUUGCUUUUGAGGUGUUCACACUAUGGCUGAAAAAGGUCAAAGAAUGUGUGGGUGAUAUCUCGAAGAUGACAGGGGGUCGUCUCCUGCCCGACUGUAGCAGCCUGCUGCAACAGCUCAUUUCUAUUACCUGGACCAAUGCUGAAAGCCCAGUGGAAGGUGUGUCAGACUGUGCCCGUGUUGCCUUUAGCCUCCUGUUGGACAUCUACAAGAUGGACUGUGAGCAGUUUGGUGACACCGAGAAACCUCUUUAUAAAACUCUGCUUCAAAGGAUUAUCCAUCUCCCAUGGGAAUCUAAAGCCAAAUACCAUCGCCUCUGUGCUCUGCUUCCAUAUUUAGAAACAGACAAGGUGCUGAGUCAGUAUGCUGAAUUACCAAAUCAUCUUCUGAAGUGCAUGUCAAGUGAUCAUCUGUCUCCGAGCGGCUCAGAACUUUACAAGUGUCUGAUCCAGCACCAGAGAAAAGAGCUUAAUGGCGACUCUCCAAAGUCUGAGUCUGAUCUGGCCAGUCAGUGGGCAAAAUGUUGGCUUUCUGUCAUUCUUGAGGCCUUGACUUCACGCGUAGUUCUUCUUCAGAGCAACAGCUCCACACACUUACUGCCAUCCACCCUCCAAGUCUUCCCCUUGGCUAUCGAGCCACUGCUGGCCUCCUUAGACCCAUUCUCCCCAGGUCAUCUCUGUGCUUGGGCCUUCAUCAUGAAUAGCUACCGGACCACAACCGGAGGUUCCCCAUGGGCACUGCAGGGGGAUUCCACCUUUAAAACUCUCCAGCUAGCUCUAGGGUCUGCAGACAACAAAGUUCGACUUGCUGCUCUCAACCUCCUGUGUUGUAGCCCCAAAACCAAAGAGGCCCCAACAGCAGAAGAACUAGAAAUCCUGAAGAUCUUCAUUCCUCAGAACCUCAACUCUGAGUCUUCGCUGUUUCGACAACAUUUUCAGGCAGCGGUGAGGAAAUUUUUGGUUCGGAUUAGAGAUGGCUGUUUGGCACAGAUCAAACAUCAAAAGGGCAAAGGACACACGGACCAGAUGAUUGAACGCUCACAGGACAUUCUGGACCAGGGGAUAGGUUUUGUGGACUGGUUGUGUCAGUUUGCAUGCUCCAAUCUGACACCAGGACACAGCUACCAGAGGAAGAAGACAGUCUUACUGUUUAUGUCUGCGCUGUUUGAAACCUGCACAGACACUUGGAGCCCCGACAAGAAGAAGGGACAGCCACCUAUGAACAUGGGGGCUCUCGUUAAUUUUGCCAGGUUAAGAGGAAAGUGGGACUUCUUCUCCAGGGAAAAACUUCUGGUUUUCAUCAGCUGUUUGGAAGAUUCCACAAAUGAGAUUCGUGAGCUGUCAGCUGGGUUAUUGGUAAGAUUUUUUCCGCCCGCUCUGCCGGAUGAUAUCGCAGCUGCUUUGCUUGCUAGGACCAAGCAGUUGUUGUGCAGUCCUCGGGUCCAGCAGGCCCAGAUGGGGGCAUUAAUGAUGAAGGUCCUCCAUCACAAAUGGCAAGGCCUCCAUGAAGACGGCAAACUAAACGGUGACAUCUCUAUCGAUGGCGGCCAUUAUAUAAAGGCUUCUGGCUUCAUAAGCUUCCUUGUGAAAGAGCUUGAGGAUCAUUACCUUACAGCCGAGGCGGACAUGAUGCUCGCUGCCAGAACCAAGCCCAUACACAGUGUGCUGAGCGCUCUACAGCGAUGCUUGUUGGAAGCCACAUUCAGCAUCUACGAUUUGCUUGGUCCUGCACUGACCACUAAGUUGCUGAGCCUGCUGGAGAACAUCUCGCUGCUCCUGUUGGGUGUGCUGCAAGGACAACAGGAUACUGAAAGUGAUACUCCCCCUUCUUUUUGUGAUAUGGGGAACGCCAUCAACUCUCUGAUAGCACACUCAUCUGGAGGAAAUCAGCGAGAUGUAGGAGAAGAGUGUGUCCUGUUGUCAGAAGAACACAGCCUUGUUCUCACCUGCUGCUGGGUCUCACUCAAGGAAACAGGGAUCCUUUUAGGUGCUCUGGUUGAGAGAAUUCUUGCAGAAUGUAAGCCUGGAACAUGUUUUCUUACAAAACAUCAUGAAAGAGCGUCUGACAUUUUCAAAAAUAUUCUCCUCAAAUGCCGUCACUGGGGGGCAGUAGAGGGAUGCGCUGUGGGCUUCACCAGGUUCUGUUCCUCUCUUCUCAGCAGCACUGAUCCUGAGCUCAGAUAUAUACCAGCUUUAAUGCUCCAACAAGGAUUACAAGUGGUUCAAUCUCCUAGUGUGACGUCUGUAACCCGACGAGCCGCAGGGUUGCCUAUGCUCAUCAUGUGCGUUUUGUCUGCAGAGGAGGCUAGUAAAACACGGCCACUCUUGGCGCACAGCAUGCAAACCUUACUGGAUACAGCCAGAACUCCCCUUCCUGAGAAUUGGGACCAGACGCUUGACCUCCCACAGGUGUGUGCGGUUCACACUUUGCAGGCUCUAGUACGUGGAUCUGGCCUGGGUGUUGCCAUCCUCCAGUUUGCCCCAACUGUUGCCAUUUUGUCUCUCACACUGCUCAGUUCACCUUGCUGGGCCAUGAGGAAUGCAGCACUGCAGCUUUACAGUUCUCUCUGCUCAAGGAUGCUUGGUCAGAGGCCCAGCGGUGACGAGGGUGGAACCAAACACGGUAUGUCCACCGAUGCCUUCUUCCACCACUACUCUUCUCUGCAACCCUUUCUUCUUGAGGAGCUUAAAGGGGCAGCUAGUGACCUUCAAUGUCCACCCGACGAAGCCAGGCUCCGCCUGCACCCCGCGCUCUAUCCAAUCCUUACUCUCUUAUCUCAGCUCCAGCCUGGAGUCCAGGAUUCAGCAGAAACACUGGCAGACUUCCUACCUCCUCUACUCCAGCUGUCUGCCAGUCCCAUUUACAGUGUAAGAGUGAUGGCCUCAAAGGCGCUGGUCGCCAUGACUCCCCUCUCAGAGUACAUGAACAUCCUCAUCAAGCUGACGGCCCAGUUGCCCCGUACACCAGAGCAUUGCUGUCACAACUUGCUCCACGGACAGCUGCUGCACAUUAAAGCUCUGUUGGACCGAGCUCUCAGUAUAGACUGCGUAUUUGCAGCAGAGUUCCACGCAGUGGUGAGUGCUGUCGAGUCAUCAGUGUGGCUCGCCACCAACGAUCAGCGCUGCCCUCUGGUGAGAGCUGCAUAUGUCGCUGUGGUGGAGUUGAUAAGAAAAAGUUGCCGUGAGACUUUUUUGUCAAAGCUCUUUGACAUUCUCGUUCUUGACCUUGGAAGAACUCAACAGGGACUUCAGAUUGGGUUGUCUUCUUCUCAUCAACAAGCCAUCCAGUUUCUAUGUGCAGACCACAAGAGGGCAUGUGAUAUCUGGGAAACUUUUACAACAGCAAGCUGUGAUCUAAAAGUGUCGCUGGUCAGGUGGUUAGAAGAUUCCCAGACUUCGCUGGUUAUCCACUUGAAAGAGUUGAUACAGAAUGUGUUGCAGUCCAAUCUCAGGGAAGCCUUGUUGACCCCCAGAGAGGAGUACCGCCGGGCCCACCUUGCAGCAUUAGUAGCAGUGAUGACCGGAGGUGAUUCUCCUCCUUUUCCAGCCUCUCUUGACCAGUCAGUUCUCUUGGAGUGUGUAGAUUUGUUGUUGAAGGACCUGGAGGAUCAGAGAGGUGGUUCUGAUUUUUUGUCCCAAGCUCUGCACGGUGCAAGUCUCCUGCUUUCCCAUUGUCCUAAGGAUUCAGUGAUCGAACGCUGGUGUGGUGUUCUGGAGUCUCACCGGUCCCCCAAUUCUGCAGAGGUUCUGAGGGUAGCUUGUGCUGAAGCUCUGCGUGUGGCUGGCCUUCCUCUAAUGAGCCAUAAUCGCAUUCCUCAAACCAUCACCAUCAAGUUGCUGAGCACUGGCCUGUACUUGCUGCAGGACCAAAGCCAACUAGUGAGGACAAAAGCAGCCAGAUUUAUCUCCUUACUGCAUCAUACCAAAAGAGGAGGCCAGAGGAGUGUCUGCCUCAUGCAGGUCAACCUGACUGUGCCGCUCCUGCUGGACCUGCUGCUGGAGGAAUGCUGGGAAACUCCUGGAGCAAUGGAGGCAUUGCUGUCUCAUGUGCCUCAUUCUGACCUGAGAUCAGUGUUGGGAGAUGCUGCAAACCCCAGGUGUGGCAGCCUCUACGAGCAAGAUGAUGCUAACGUUUUUGCAGAGCCUUCAGUAAUGUCUGCGCAUGUGUUGCCUUACCUCCUACGUAUGGUGGAAAAACACUCCGAAUCUCCGCUGUUGGCACAGAGCCUGAGGGUAUGGGCGGAGGAGAACGCUGCUCAACUGCUAGGCAACCUUGCACUGUGCAAAGACCUCCCGCCAGUUGAGCGGCUGACUCUCCUGGUGGACCCCAAGUUCCACAUCACCAUGUGCGGCUUGUUAACCAGAGCUGCCUUUCUCCUGCACGUGUUGAAAACUAGUGACAAUAUGCGACACCUCUGUGAUCCUUUGGCCCUGCAGAUAACUUUAGAGGAAGUUUGCAGUCUUGUAAAUCAACAAGGUGUCCACUUGAGCUCUGCUUUAGCAUCUGCUGUGGCUGGAGACAAGCCUUGGUCGCACAAAGACUCUCAAUAAUCAAAGACUGCUCUUGCUGCAGGCAGACACUAGGCUACUUUACUGAGCAAGCCUUAAUCUUCACAUCGUACAUACACAGUAACACAGAAGAGGCCUUUAUGCACACCAGGACAACAAAAUUGUUCCUCACACUACCUUCCUGCUGUGUUGUUGUUUUUAUUAGUAAAUACAACCCCUUGCCCUUCAAACAUUUACCAAAGAGAUCAAAUGUACAGGGCAUCCGAAAUGUAUCCACAGCGCUCCACAUUCUCCACAUUUUGUCAUGUCAAAAUUUAACAGACAAUACCCCAAAAUGACAAUCUGGAAACACCUAUUUUGUUUUAAAUGUUGCAAAUGUAUUAAAAAUUAAAAAAAAAACUAAGAUAUCACAUGUACAGUCAUAUUCACAGCCUUUGCUCAAUACUUUGUUGAUGCACCUUUGGCAGCAAUUACAGCCUCAAGUUUUUUUAAUACAAUGCCACAAGGUUGGUACACCUAUCUUUGGGCAAUUUUGCCCAUUCGUCUUUGCAGCACUUUUUAAGUUCCAUCAGGUUAGAUGAGAAACAUUGGUUUUCAUCUAGGAUAUCUUUGUACAUUGCUGCAUUCAUCUUUCCCUCUAUCCUGACUAGUCUCCCCACACCACCAUGCUUCACUAUAGGGAUGGUAUUGGCGUGUUUUUAUCUAAACAUGAUGCCUGGGAUUCACGCCAGUGUUCAACGUUUGUCUCAUCAGAACAAAUAGUUUUGUUUUUCAUUGGUGAAAGUAUUUCAAGUGCAUUUGGCAAACUUUUUUUCUUAGAAAUGAUUUGGUCUGGCCACUUUACCAUACAGACUUGAUUGGUGGAAUGCUGCAGAGAUUGUUGUACUUCUGGAGGGUUUUCCUCACGCCACAGAGGAACGCUGUAGCUCUGAGAGAGUAACCAUCGGGUUCUUGGUCACCUCCCUGACUAGACUAAGAUGAAUGCAGCAAUGUACAGAGACAUCCUAGAUGAAAACCAAUGCUUCCUAUUCAACUGGAGCUUGAGAAGUGCUGCACAGAGGAAUGGGCAAAACUACCCAAAGAUAAGUGUGUAAAGCUAGUGACAUCAUAUUAAAAAUACUUGAGGGUGUAAUUGCUGCCAAAGGUGCAUCAACAAAAUAUUGGCAAAGGAUGUGAAUACUUAUGUAUAUGUAUUUUUUUUAUUUUAAUAAAUAAGCAAAUUAAAAAAAAUAGCAAUAUUUUCACAUUCUUAUUAUGGGGUAUUGUCUGGAGGAAUUUUGAAGCGCUGUGAAUACUUUCUGCAUGCACUGUAGUGCUACAGGAGUACCUCAAUUUACGAGCUUAAUUGGCUCUUGACAUUAAACACUUGUAUCUUUAAGUAAAUCGCUUGCGUUCAUCUUGUCUUUUUAAAUAGAUAGGUGCAAAAUACUUGUGUUCAGACAAAGUAUUUUUGUGUAAUGAUGUAUAAUAAUAAUGGACUAGAUUUAUACUGUAUGGCGUUUUUCUAGACCCUCAAAGCGGUUCACAGAGAAGUGAGAACCCCAGUGGGUGUCCUACUUAGUCCGACUUUAAUAAAUACUUCUCAAAAUACCAUAAUUUAUAUCACCAUAGGACCACGGCUGGAGUAAUACUAUACGGAAACACAAUUUACGCACUACUGUGCAUGAGACAAUUUCAACGGUGUACAAAAAGGGCUAAAAAUCAAUAAACCUGCAUCAGCAAUUAAAACAUAUCUUAUGUGGUACUGUCACAAUUUAAAUAUUUGUAAAAACAUAUCAAAGGUUAAGAAAUAAAAUAUUUGUACUCACAA